GAGAGAAAGAGGCGUGGUGCUGAAGAAGCCGGAGAGAGAGAGAGAGGCAGAGUUUCCUGCUUCGGCAGAGAAGGGAGUCGAGGCGGAGGGAGAAGAGGAAGGGGAAGAAGAGGAAGAGAGGGCUGUUUGUCUCCCAAGAGACACAGACACACACAGAGAGAGAAACCCGGGAUGGAAGAGGAGAAGGAGGAGGGAAGCGGGGCGGCCGCCUGGCAAUUGUGCAACUGACCCCAAGAAGAGGAGGAGGAGGAGGAGAAGAAGGAGGCCCUUUCAGAUCCCAGCAAAGCGGAGGGAAGAAGGCAUCGAUCCGGCUCCGGAUCGCCCAAGAUGAGCGGCACCGGCGGAGGGGGUGAAGUGGUCUGCGCCGGGUGGCUCCGCAAAUCGCCCCCCGAGAAGAAGUUGAGGAGAUACGCUUGGAAGAAACGAUGGUUCAUCCUUCGCAGUGGGCGCAUGAGCGGAGACCCGGAUGUGCUGGAGUAUUACAAGAACGACCAUUCCAAGAAGCCUCUGCGCGUCAUCAACCUCAACUUCUGCGAACAGGUGGAUGCUGGCUUGACCUUCAACAAGAAGGAAUUGCAGGACAGUUACGUCUUCGACAUCAAGACCAGCGAAAGGACCUUUUACCUUGUCGCCGAAACGGAGGAUGAGAUGAACAAAUGGGUUCGCAGCAUUUGCCAGAUCUGUGGCUUCAACCAGUCUGAAGAGAAUGCAGAUUCUUUGAGGAACAUUCCUAUGAUGAGUCACGGCCCCCGCUCCUCCCCGGCAGAGCUCAGCGGCUCCACUCAGCGUCUUUUGCGAGAACGGACCUCUUCGGCUCCUUCCCACUCCAGCCAGCCCACCCUCUUCACCUUCGACUCGCCUUCCAACCAUAUCCGGACCACGCUUUCCACCAGUGCCCCGCAGGACUAUCUCUUCUUGCACCAGUGCAUGAGCAGGACCUCAGAGAACACCAGGAGUGCCAGUUUUUCGCAAGCCACAAGGUCGGCUUUCUUCAUGAGAAGCGAUCCAUCCGUCCAGAAGGUCUCUCAAGGGAACGGACACUGUGUCAAUGGGAUGGGAGGGCACGUCCACGGCUUCUACAGCUUGCCCAAGCCCAGCCGGCACAAUUCGGAGCUUGGGGACAGUGCCUACGACCUCCCGAGGAGCUUUGGGUGCUAUGGUCACACCAAAGCCAGCCUCACCGGGUCCGAGACAGACAGCGAAGAGGUCUACACUUUUAAGACCCCAAACAACACCCUUUGCAAAGGCUUCGGGGAGCUUUCGACGGACUCGUAUGACGUCCCCGGUACCCCGGUUUAUCAGAUCCCGAGGACAUUCACGCUGGAUAAGAACCACAAUGCCCUGGCGUCCGGUGAAACUCCGGCCACUCCUCCUCCAAGGCCACCAAAGCCAGGACAAGCGGAAUCCAGAUGGGGCAGCCCCCAACAGCGGCUUCUGGACAGCGAAAGCCUGGGCAUGGGGUCAGUGGCUGCAACCAUUCCCAGGAGGAAUACACUACCUGCGGUGGAAAACUGCAGACUGCACCGAGCAUCAUCCUGUGAGACCUAUGAAUACCCGCAACAUAGCAGCAGCAGUGCCGCUCAGUCAGCAGAGUCUAUGAAUGUGGGCCUUCAUCCAUAUCUGCAAAACAAAGCUACAGUGGCUCGUUCUCACAGCGCUGAUUCCGAGGACAACUACGUCCCGAUGAACCCAGGUUCCUCGAUCCUGCUGAACAUGGAAAGAUCAGACGACAAUUCCCAGAACCUCUAUAUCCCCAUGAGCCCCGGGCCUCAUCACCUGGACAUGAUGGCAAUGUCUUCUUCUACCUUUCCCCUUCAUAAGGGCAGCAGUAGCUCCCAGCCUCACCGGCGAAUGAGUGAAAUCCAGCCCCCGCCCGUCAACCGAAACCUCAAACCUGAUCGCAAAGCAAAGCCAACACCACUAGACUUGAGGAACAACACAGUCAUUGAUGAACUUCCUUUCAAAUCACCAGUCACUAAAUCCUGGUCCAGGCCUGGCCAGGCAUUCAACUCCAACUUUUCCCCAUACUGUCGUCCCAUCUCAACCCAGAGCAUCACCAGCACUGACUCAGGAGACAGUGAAGAAAAUUACGUGGCCAUGCAAAACCCGAUCUCUGCGUCUCCCAUCCCCAGCGGCACAAGCAGUCCAGCCACAAAAAAGAGUACAGGAAGUGUCGAUUACCUGGCUUUGGACUUCCAGCCGAGCUCACCUGGGCCACAUCGAAAGCCUUCGACAUCAUCGGCUGCUUCGGACGAGAAGGUCGACUACGUGCAAGUUGACAAGGAGAAGACGCAAGCCUUGCAAAGCACCAUGCUGGAGUGGACCGACGUCCGGCAGUCCUCGGAGCCCACCAAGACAGCAAAACAGUAGGAGGAAAGCCAGAGACUAAACAUUUCUCUCCAUAGAGACUAGACCUCCAGCUACCAUUGAGUGAGGACCGUUCUCCAAGGCUGGGUUUCGAAAGCAGGCUUGACGUCAAGGGAGGACAGUGCCAGGAGUUUCACUUGCUGUUGGAGAAGUGAACUGGGAAAAUCAACAUAGCAAUACUGGGAUUCUUGACACCCUGUUUCUGCAUGCUUUCAGCGAUCGCUGUACCCACCUUCUUGCCAGAUGACUGCACCUGACACUCACACCCCUGUUCUAUGUUCUGGUCGUUUACAGGGGGGAACGUGGUCGACCGUCAUCUCUGGAUCUGAUUUUCAACGUUGGUUCUUGUUUCUGUGUUAAUUGCAGCAAUGCCCGUUUCUGAAGCACUGAAGAGUCUUGGGGGGAUCGGGGUUGAGGACAAGCUAUCACUACUCAUUGUCCUAUAUCAGCCUCUUGACAAUGUAAACUGACUUGAGCUGAAAUUUUCUCUCCCACUUCCUCCCUCUCUUCAAGAUUCUCCUUGGAAAAAUUGAAUGGUGAAUCUUCUUUGGAGUGUUUUCUAAAUACUUGUGUAUUGUUGAAUGUUCAAGGAAUAUUUGAUAUCUGGUGUGCUGAUAACUGAUGUUUGAAUUCAAGGUUUGAUGUUUGAUGGUAUUUGAUAGCUGGUGUGCCGUUUUGUAUUUAGUCGUUGGCAGAGUGUAAUGUCUGACUGCUUAGGAGAUCCAUAGAUAAAACACAUCACGGCCCCAUCGGAUUGGAUGCAAGGCCCAACCCGUCUGAUAUUCCCAUUCCAUUCAGUUGUGACUCCGGUUUUUGAUGGCUGCUAAUAAAUUUAGAGUUUGCCAGGUUUGAA